UCAUGGAUUUAUAUUUCUGUCCACACACGGAGAAAUUUGCUCUUUUUAUCGAUAAGACGACAAGAGUGUACAGAUAAAAAUUUAUCAUCACUCCCCGACGAACGUCUUCAGUGUCGCGCGGUAUUCUUUCCCUCGUCAGUGGCAAACAAGUGAGCUUACUCGAAGAUUCUCUGUUAUAAAGAAAUUUUUGCUCGGUGCUCCAAUUCACAAGGCAAUUUGUUUAACUCUAUAUACGCUAAGUAUAUUAUAGUUAAUUGAAAUAGACCUUUUUCGUUGGCGCCUUGACGGGGGAUCAACACGAACAAGUAUCAGUAAUCAUCCAAUGGAAAUGCUAGAGAUCAGUUCGUCUACAAAAUGCGAGGAGUCAGGUGGUAGUGAAGAGAGUGAAAUUCUAAAGCCAGGUACCAAAAUUAAACCCACAAUCAGUGAAAAGGAGGUUGAAAAACUCGCGGAAAGAUUAUAUGGGAUUACUGUACUGGAGAUAAGUGAACUUAUUUCAUACGAUGAUCGAAAUUUCUUCAUCCGUGAAGACAGAAACAUUAAAAAUCCCAUUAUUGCUAAUCACUCGACCCAUGGAUACAUCCUCAAAGUUCUCAAUGCUUUGGAUUCGCACAAGGCGGGAUUUAUUGAUGCCCAGACCAAGCUAAUGCUCUUCCUGGCCCAGCAAAAUAUCACUUGUCCAAAGCCCAUUAUGAAUGUUUAUGGGAAAUACUAUUCUACUGAACUUUUGGGCACAACUAAGCACAUUGUGCGCCUCUUGGAGUACAUCCCGGGAAAAAUCUUUAAGGAAGUCCCUCUGACAAACAACCUUUUCUACCAAGCGGGAGUUUUUGUGGCAAAAUUUGAUCGUGCCAUUAAGAAUUUCACUCAUGAUGCCUACAAGACCCACAAAUCCCUCUGGAUGCUCGAUUCUGUGCCCAAAUUGGAGGAAUUUGCCUAUGCACUCAAGGAUAUUUCUAAGCAGGAGAUAGUCGAAGAGGUGAUUGCAGAGUUUAAAAGCAAGGUCAUGGGGCAUUACGAUAAAUUCGAGAAAGGUGUGAUCCAUGGAGACUUCAAUGAGCACAACAUUCUCGUGAACAAGUGCAGUUCAACGGAAAAGAAGGAGUAUGCUGUGAGUGGUAUUUUGGAUUUUGGGGACUCAUGCUAUACACUCUACAUCUUUGAACUGGCCAUCGCAAUGGCCUACAUGAUGCUACAAACGGGAGAACUUGAGACCGGUGGAUUCUUCCUUGCUGGCUAUGAAUCCAUUAGACUUGUCCCUCAGCACGAAUACAACGUCUUACGGAUUUGCGUAGCUGCUCGCCUAUGCCAGAGUCUUGUUCUGGGAAUCUACACUCACACUCUGGAUCCGGAAAACGAGUAUAUCCUGACUUCGCAGAAAAAUGGUUGGCAACUCCUCCAGCUUCUUUGGUCUGAAAAGAAGACCGACGAAUUGUGGCGCAACACAGCCGAUGAGUACCUCAAACAGAGCUACAAAUAGUUCUUCAAUCCUACCAGAGCGCUUUUAUCAGAAGUGCAAUACUCUAGAACUCGAGAUUUUUAGUCAAAUUCCACCAAAAUAUGCAGAACACAAAAAUGAAUAAAAAAUGUUGAGACAAAAA